ACAAUGUCAAGCCUUGCUGCACAGAUUGAAGUCGUCGCCAAUUCUCCGCCUGUCGAUGCUGGGGAACGGCGUGCCCUCUAUGAUGCUGCUAAGAAGUUACUAAAUAUUGUUGAGGAUCCUUUUGAUACCAUCUACCGGGUGAACAAUUCGCCCAUGAUACUCACUUUCUCCCACAUAGCUUGUGAGCUUGGAAUUUUCAAAAUACUUGCCAAUUCUAAGGGCCCAGUCACGGUCGCCGCACUUGCUCAAUCUUCGAAAGCUGAUUCAUUGCUACUUAGUCGAGUUCUUCGCUUCUUGGCCUCCCAUGAUCUUAUUAUGGAGACUGAAGAAAACACCUUUACUGCUAAUACAAUCACUCACACCCUGGCUCGCCCAGGCUUUGAGGCUGGAAUCGCACACUCCUUCAUGGCCAUCAUGCCAUGUCUUUUGGCUGCGCCUCAGUUUCUAGCUGAUACGAAAUAUAUUAACCCAGAUGACUUGGUGAAUAGUCCUUUCCAAUCUGCCCACAAAACCAAAGAGCCAGCAUUUGCAUGGGCCAUGAGGCAGCCAAGAAUUAUGGAUGACUUUAAUUUGUGGAUGUCUGAGCUUCAUGACGGCAGCAAAACUUGGCUAGAUGUGUUCGAUUUUGUGAAACAUGCUCCAAACACUUCUAAGGAUACCAUUCUCUUUGUCGACAUUGGUGGUGGCAUUGGCCAGCAGUGCGCCGUCUUCAAGAACGUACACGCUAAAUUACCGGGCCGUGUUGUGUUGCAAGACCAACCUUUCGUCAUCCCACAAGCUAUUCCAGUCGAAGGGGUGGAGAAACAAAGUUAUGAUAUAUGGACUGAGCAGCCACUUCAAGGUGCCAAGGUAUAUUACCUGCGGAAUAUUCUACAUGAUUAUCCAGAUGAAAAAUGCAUCACUAUUAUCCAAAAUACUCUCCCUGCGAUGUCUGCAGAAUCGGUACUUAUUAUUGAUGAGAUUAUUAUUCCUGAUAAGGGCGCACAUUCGCGUUCGACAGAAAUCGACAUGACUAUGAUGGUUAGCUUUGCUUCAACUGAGAGAACUGAAAAGCAGUGGAAUAGUUUGCUUGACAAGGCUGGGUUGAAAAUCUUGAGCAAGAGCAUUUACAAUAGUGCUACAGGGCAGAGUGCGAUUGUAACAGUGCCGAAAUAA